AAAUGGACAAAAGACACAAAAUGUCAAUGUCAAUUAAUGGUGUCUAAAUCAUACCUGUGUGCGUAAUAAAAGGCGGCUGUAUUCUAAAUCUACUAUUAGAUUCUUGCUUUGGUCUUCCCUCUUUGGUCGGUCAAAGGAUGACACUCUCCGUCCUUUUCCUCUCACCUUCUCCACAACCAUCUCCAUUUAAGGCUUCCAUGGCACUGUUUCAUAUGUUCUCAUAGGAGGAAGGAAGGAGGAGGAGAGAGAGAGAGAGAGAGAGAGGGAGAGCGAUGGAGGUGGUGGCGCCGGUGAGAGACUUGCACUUCGCCAGCACAUACACUAGCCCCUCCGUGAGCGCACCGUCGAGCCCGAAGCGCGUCGGCCACCACUUCGACUUCUUCCACCACUACACCAGCGCGCCCACCAGUCCUUCGCGCGCCUCCGCCAUCUACUCCCACUUCAACACCAUGGAUCCUCUCCCUCCCCCGCCCUCGGCUGGCGGCGUCCCCUUCGACUGGGAGGAGACGCCCGGCACGCCCAAGUCCCGCGGCAGCCCCGCCAAGGAUGAGAAGGGCGACGUGUUCGACUUCGCCUUCGACUUCGGUGACAAAGAAGGCCUACCGAUGCUCACCACCGCCGACGAGCUCUUCGAAGAAGGGAAGAUUCGGCCACUUAAGCCACCUCCUCGCCUGCAGUAUCCAGCUGCGGGUGACAGAAGCAGCGUGGCCUCCUCGCCGAGGGCGAGGGGGUUGUGGUCUCCCCGCCAUCGCGGUAGGAGCGCCGGGGGAGAAGAGUUCGACCCCUUCACCGCGGCGAUGGUGGAAGCGACGAAGGAUAGACGGAGGGAGAGGACACCAACGCCUCCCCCUGUUUCUUCUUCCACAAGCCCCACCCUGAAGAGCGGCGGCGGUGGAAGCAAGAAGUGGCGGCUGAGGGACUUGCUUCUGUUCCGGAGCGCGUCAGAAGGACGCGCCACCGGCAACCGGAGCAAGGACCCUCUCCGCAAGUACACCUUGCUGUCAUCAACAUCGAGCAAGAAAGUCGUCGCCGAGGACGCCAAGCACUCAAGCUUCAGAUCGACCGAGACACCCCUGCCGUAUCGGCAGGGCCUCUUUGGCUGCCUGCGCUUCAACCCGGCUGUGCUCAGCAUUUCCAAAGGAUUCGGUAGCCACUCGUUCGGCCGCCGCCGGUGACGGCGACGAGAACCACUCUGGUUAUUGUUGUCAUUGUCGUCUUGCAUUCAAUCUGUAUGCUUUGUGGUCAAGUUCUUUUCCUUUUUGCUUCAUUCUGUAAUGAAAGAAUAGCCAUGUUUGACAUCAUCUCUGGCUUCCAUGCUUUA